AUGAGCGGGACUGCGGCGGCCACAGGAUCGGCUUCUUGCCGUUUCGCCCACUAUUUUGUUGUGUGUGGAGUGGACACGGAGACGGGCCUGGAGCCGGACGAUGGAGCGGCUCUCAUCAUCUUCCUGCUCUCAAACAGAGAUGGACCCUUUCCAGAGAGCUCUGCUGCAGGAGAGUCCUUUGAGCAGAGCCCCAUUCGACGCUCCUUCAAGUCAAAGGUUCUGGUGCACUACCCUGAAAGCACAGACAGGAACCCCUUCAAUAAAGAUGCUGUCAACAUGCUCUGUAUGCCGAGGGGUCUUUCCUUCCGCACGCAGGCAGACCGGCUCGAUCCUCAGUUCCACUCAUUCACGAUGUCUUUUGACGAUGGCACGCGCUCCUACGGCUUCGUCCACACCUUCUACGAGGAGGUGACCAGUGCUCCGAUCAUCACUGCCAUGCACACUCUCUGCCAGAUGCACCACGUGGAGCACCAUUCAGCUUCCUCCGCCUCCUCUCCCUCCUCCUCGUCUUCGUCUGCUUCCUCGCCCUCCACCUGCAGCAUGGACUCGCUUGUGAGCAGCUUGGAUGAGUCGGACGCAGAGUCUCUGGCGGGGCUGUCCGCCUGCCUCGGCUGUGCAGGCUCCUUCGAUCCAGCACGGGACACACUGUAUGUGUCCAAAGCCCUCUGUCUCUUCACGCCGCUCCCCUUCCUGCAAGCCGCUCGACAGUUUCUGUCUCAGCUGCACCAGGCUGUGACGUCACACACAGCCCCACCCCUCCCACUGGAGAGCUACAUCCAUAAUAUCCUCUACGAGGUGCCCCUGCCUCCUCCUGGCAGGUCGUUGAGGUUUUACGGGGUGCAGGGACCUAUUGUGUGCCAGCGGCCCGGGCCGGGUGAGCUUCCACUGGGAGAGUACCCUCUUGGAGAGGCAUUUUCCCUGCUGGGUGUGGACAAUAUGGUGCAACUACUUACCUGUGCACUUCUGGAGACACAAGUCCUGCUUUGCUCGCAAGACUACCAGCGCUUGAUGACAGUGGCAGAGGGCAUCACCACCUUGCUAUUCCCAUUCCAGUGGCAACACAUCUACCUUCCCAUUGUUUCUGCACCACUGCAUCACCUCCUGGAUGCUCCUGUGCCGUUCCUGAUGGGUAUCCAGCGCAGAGAGGGAGCUCAGCGGACCUCCCUCCACCUUCCACACGAGGCCAACCUGUGUUUCGUAGACAUUGACAACCACUGUGUCGAGGCCCCCGAAGACCUUCCUGUGUUCCCAGACCAGAUUGAGCUAAUUCAGGAACUGAGUGAGGUGCUGCUGCGUUUUGGGCUCCCACCACAGGGCGGUGCGAUCACUAAUCCUGCCACCACCUCCCCUCGCCUGAGCAGCCUGGUGCUGGAGGAUCUGAUGGAGGACAGAAGGAACGGGAACCUCGGAGGCGAGGAGCUGGCGGUGCUGGAGAGGCUGCAGGCUCUAGCACGGAGGUGUGGGGGAGGAAAAAUGUCAGAUGGAGGGAAGACGCUGGGCCACGUGUUUGAGGAGGAGGAGGAAGAGUUGAAGGCUGUGAAGCUGAACAUUCAGCUGCGGGAGGUGUUUGCUGGACGUUUUGCUGCCAUGUUUGGCAGGUAUGAGGAUUUUGUCAUCCACAGCGCUCUUGAUUUGGACUCCUGGUUGACCAACCGAGAGGGGACGUUCAGCUUUGACAAGGGUUCCUUCCUCGCAGUUCAGCCUGCCACCCACUUGCACUUCUUGUCCCGGUUCCUAGAGACGUCCAUGUUUUCUUCUUUUGUGGAUGGGAAGGUGAUAUCUCGCUGGGCAGACAGAGAGCCAAUGCAGCAGCUGUUUGACAGCCGUCUGGAGAGAGAGCGGCUGUAUGACACAGACGAAGAGGACUCCCGUAACUGUCGCUACAGGAAAUGCACCUCGCUCUUUGAGUCAGCUCAGGCCAUUGAGCGCAGGCUGCUGAAGGCUGACCACACAGCCAUACACCCCCACCUGCUGGACAUGAGGAUUGGCCAGGGUCGUCACCAGCAGGGCUACUUCCCCAAGCUGCAGGCUGAUGUGCUCGCACAGGGACAAAAUACCCACAAGUGGUCCAGUCGUGUUACAGCUUCACGCAGGACCGACCCCAAGAGGUCAACGGUGAAUGACCACUCUGGAGUGGACAAUGAACAGAGACAGAAGCACACAUUUACAAGGAAGAACCUCCGCCAGUCCAAGCUGCUUGACUCAUCGCCUCAAGCUGUCACUCAGACUCACCGAGAGUUUGUCGACGGGCUGCUGAGCGAGUGUCGUCUGAAGACCAAACGGAUGCUGAUGGAGAGGAUGGGGAAGGAGAGCGUGGAACUGGGUCAGGGAGAGGCCAACAUCACAGGCCUGCAGGAGAACACGCUCAUCCACGGGCUGUGUGACCUACUGGAGAGAACCUGGGGCCAUGGUCUGCAGCUGAAACAGGGGAAGUCUGCUCUUUGGUCCCAUCUGCUUCACUAUCAGGCGGCCCAGGGGAAGACAGAGACACCAGCUGAGUCUCCAGGGUCUGACGGUUCAGAACAGAGAACGUUUGAUGAUGGCGCUCAGGUUCUGAAAGGAUCCUUGAUACAAGACAUGAGGUUUAUCCAGACCAUGAGUGAGGGUCUGUCUGAAGUGGGUCAGGCUCGGGCCUGGAUCCACCUGGCUCUGGAGAAGAAAAUGCUAUCCCAACACCUUAAAGAGCUGCUGACAAACCAGGAGCUGCUCAGGCAUCUGUAUAAACCCCAUGCUUUCCUACUCUGCGAGGAAGAAAGGGAGCAGUUUUUGUUCCACCUGCUCUCUCUUAACACUGUGGACCACCUCUGCUUCACACGCGUCUUCACCUCCAUCAGUAUUCCAUACCGUGUUGUUAUAAUACCCAUGAAGAAGCUGAGCAUUGCAAUAGCAACUGUUAACCCUUGGGUGUGCGUGUCAGGAGAGCUGGGUGAUUCAGGAGUUCGACAGAUAUCGAAGAAUACACAAGAGAUUUUUUUCCAGGUUUGUGUGCGCUCCUCAGCGCUAAGAGCCACACUUCAACUGUGCUUCUCAUUUCAGUGCAAGAACCUGGGCAGGCUGAGCACUCUGCAGCUGGGACAGGAGAACUCUGGCUUGCUGGCCAAAUGUCUGAUAGACUGUGUGAUGGUGUAUAAUGAGAUCACUGGACACACCUACAAGUUCCCAUGUGGCCGAUGGCUGGGGAAAGGCGUGGGUGAUGGGAGCUUGGAAAGAGUUCUUAUUGGUCAGCUGGUGUCACCUGGUGGAGAGGAGGACGCUGGAAGGUGGACAGGGACGCCUCCGGAGCUGGCCUCUCCUUCCCAGAGUGUGCGGACAGUGCUGGGAUCGCUUGGCAGCCGAAGCAGAAUGCUGUCUGUUGAAGUACAAGAGGACAUGAGGGAGGCAGCAAAUAACCUUGUUAAACACUUCCACAAACCCGAACAAGAGAGGGGAAACUUGACGGUCUUGUUAUGUGGUGAAGGGGGUCUGGUGCUUUCCUUGGAGAAGUUCCUCUUACACGGGUUCAAAUCCAAUCGUCUUUUCCAGAGGAACGUGUUUGUUUGGGAUUUUGUGGAGAAGGCAGUGGUUUCCAUGGAGACAGCUGAUCAGAUGGGUGACCUGCAUGGAUCAACACUGACAAUGGGUCCACCCUGUGACUCACUGUGCCACUAUGUCAAUGCCAUCAACGCCUCGCCACGAAACAUUGGAAAAGAGGGCAAGUUCCAGCUGUUUGUCUGCCUGGGAAUCAGGGAUCGGCUUCUUUCUCAGUGGCUCCCCCUGCUGGCACAGUUUCCCCUGACAGCGCGGACAUAUGAGGAAGGUGCUCUGCUGCGGGACCGUGCCGCUGUACACUCCCUCUACCGCAUCCUACACACACUCAAUGAGUUUACCAUCACUCUGGAGACUGCACUGGUUAAAGGAGUUGACCUCUGACCCUGACGGGGGAGCACAGAGUUCAGCCCCUGCUCUAUCACCUCCUGCAGGAAUGCUGACGGGGUUCAGAUAUUCAUCUUUCCAUCUGUGGGGCAAAAAGAAGUUCAUUCAGACACUGGAGAAAUGUGACUUUAUCAUAAAAAAGGACAGUGGACCAGUUGAGGUCUCUGGCAACUCAAGCUCCAAACAUAUUGCCUUGAUCACUGAUGUAAAUGUCUUAUAUACUGUAUUUGCUUCAGGAAAUAGUCUGAUUUUUCCUAUGCUUGUUUACACUGUGAAAUUCUGUUUCCCCAAGGAGAAAUAGAGUCAUUCAUCAUCUCACAUCUACAGUAGAUAUUUUCACAGCUCACAUCAUUUACUGCACCUGACCCUGGGACAACUACAACUCUCCGUCAACCGCUGUAUUGCUUGCACUUGAAUUUUAAACUAAGCACAUGCAUGGCCAAAAUCCGUUUUAUGUCUUAGUGUGUUGUGAUCUGAAAUAUCAGGACUCAGGCCUUAGUAUAGAAACAUCUUUCCUGACUUCAUUCAUUGGAUAUCUUAGUAACUAUACUCCAGAAAGAUAAUGUUCCCACUCUAUAAUAUGUUACAAAAUGUUAUAUUAUUAUGCUCUUGUUAUACUGUGUAACAACUUGCCUGUUUCUCAUUGUUUAUUUCAAUUUGGGGUCACAUACUCCAGAAUUGUGCUCGUGAAAUCCUCAGUUGGUGAAACACAGAAACCAAACUGGUGUCCUAAUUGUGUCAGUUCAAAUAGUCUUUGUCACUUUGUCAGAAAGCUUUUUUUCCCCCCCUCUCUCUUUGUAAAUAUUUUUGCUUCAUUAGAUCUUUAAUAGAAUUGUGCCCUUUUGUUAUUAUGGUGUAAUGAAUUAGUGGCAUAUUUUUCUGUAUAAAGGCAUCUUGUUUGUGUCUGUAAAACAACAGAUUCCACUAUGGACACACUUUACUGAUUAAGUGGAAAAUAGUCACGCUUGUUUGUUUCUAAAGUGUUCAGUUGUCUUCAGACAAUGAACAGAGCACAGGUUCUUAUAAACGCCAGGCAUUAAGUUGAUGUUGCAUUUAAUUUACCAGUUGAAGACUUAUGAAAAUGCUGUCUCCUGCACUGUCCUGCAAGCACUAUGUAACCCUCAAUGAC